AUGGCUAUCAUCGAACUCGCCUAUCCCCAACUCAAGAAAGAUGCAGAGCUCAUAAGGGCCGCCGAGCCCGAGAUGAUACCCCUGAUCCUCAAAGCUCUCCAAGAGGCUGGUGCGGUAAACGGACUGCGUGGCUUCAUACACUCAGAGGACGGUAGAGACGUCACCACAGAUGUCAGAGAAGUUCUACUUCUCGAAUGGCCCAGCGCCUCGAAAUUCCGAGACUUCCUCACGUCUCCCCUAUACCUAGAAUUUGCGGAACGCAUCAAGUCGGUCUCCGAUGGGCCGCCUAUCUUUAAGCUCCAUGAGACUAGUGACUCUUCGAAGCUCUUCGGCAGCGAUACGAUCCUCGAGGUACUGGAGAUCCGCCCGAACGAGAGAGUGACGGAGGAGGACGUGCAGGGGAUCUUGCACACUGUGCAAUCCGGCUUUGAGAAGCUCAAUAGCCCCAAAGCGGUAUACGGGAGCAGCUUGAAUCUGGACAAGAAGGAGGUCGUCGUCAUUGGGGUAUUUGCGAAUGAUGCUGAACUCGACGCGGCCCAGGUUGCCUCAUCGCGUCCGGAGAUGUUGGCUCACGUUGGCGGCUCGGCGAUGGUGACACGGCUCAUCGCUCAUGUUGGACGAGUACCUCUGUAG